CAAGAGCGUGUACAAGUGCCACCUUGCCGGAGAGCUGAAGAACUCACGGAGCAGGUCUUCUCGCUCCCUGAUUCCCUGACUCUCUGUCUUUCGAGUAGUUGUGAAAGAUUGUGGCGGCCCAUCGGGUGGGACAAAACAAAUUGCGGGCCUGAUAAGAAUACACCGAACGAAUAUGGUUAGUGAGUCUACUCCUGACCUUUGAUAACAAUGCAUGGCAUUCAUCAACACUUGUGUGCACCCCCAAUCCCAAAUGGACCUCAUGACGGUCUAGUGUGAGUGCAAAGGAACUUGAUUGCAUGUCGGUUUGUCCUCGGACGUGGUUUUGCCGGUUUCAAACGUGAGAAUACCAGAGAGUUACUCCGUUUUGCCAUUGAUGUGAUUCGUGACGUGAGCAUGGUUCUGGACUGGCCUCGGGGCCGCCGACGUCGGCCUCCGAAUGGUUUAGUGUAUUGGUCGAGUCUUCUCGGGUUAGCCUUGCUCAUGGGCGGACUUUGGCCUUCAGUUAAAGCAAUUCCAUAUCUCAUCUAUGCGAAUCAAACAGACAUCCGACUGAUCGAGGUGAACAAUCGGAGGAUUGAGACAAAGCCAAACGUCAUUGUCAAGCAUUUAGGAAGUGUGGCUACAUUGGACUAUAUCCUCCGCGACAAUCUCAUUUGUUGGUCGGAAGUCCCGAAUCAUUGGAUUCAGUGUGCCGAAAUUGACAAGGAUAAAAAAGGCAACGUGGAGAAGAUCUUGAUUGCAGAGACCAGUUUGAUCGCGCCUGAGGGACUGGCGUGCGACUGGAUCAAUAACAACAUAUAUUGGGCUGAUUCCGAAACGAAGCGCAUCGAGGUGGCUUCGCUUCAAAAAUCGGAACGUAGUCGAUUACGAAAGGUCAUCAUUUGGGAUGAUAUUGACCUCCCCAGAGCUCUGGCAAUAGCUCCUCAAGAAGGGUAUUUGUUCUGGAGCGAUUGGGGAUCAUAUCCAAAAAUUGAGCGUGUCAGUUUAGAUGGUGCUCCCCAGUCAAGAGUUGCCCUUGUUGACCAGCAUAUAAUUUGGCCUAAUGGGAUCACUCUCGAUCUAGACAAUCGACUUUUGUAUUGGGUCGACGCGUUUUACAAUCAAUUAUCUGUGAUAACAUGGGAUGGCCAUGAUCGUCGGAAUAUUGUGUCCGAUCGGCUUGCCCUUCCCCACCCAUUUUCGGUGACUUUUUUUGAAGAAACACUUUUCUGGACCGAUUGGAACAUCACGUCAUUACAACUCUUGAACCUUACGCACUUCUCUCCUGAGGUAACAUCUGUUAAACCAGAAAGGCAUGGUCGUCAUGGGCGAUUUCGCAAACCCACAGACGUCAAAGUAUUCCAACCUAGUCGUCAACCGGAUCAAAGUGCACCUUGUCGUAUAAAUAAUGGCGGUUGUUCUCACUUGUGCUUGGGAAGCUCGGUGAAUGAGGCCAAAUAUACUUGCGUUUGUCCAAGUGGAAUUCAGGCCACAUCCAAUGGAACUUGUUUAGAUCAACCUUAUGAAAUUCUGAUCUUAGCCAAACAAGAUGGCUUACGAUCCAUCAGUUUGGAUACCCCUGAUUUCACUGACAUUGUGAUACCUAUACAAGUUCCAAUGCCUCUAGAUCGUGAGGUGAUCGCUGUUGACUUUGAUCCUGUCAGUCAGUUUGUUUAUUUCACCAACACCCAUGACACACAUGAUUCUGCAGUCGGUAUUUAUCGAACAGCCUUGGAUGGAUCCAGCUAUUCUGAAGUCAUCACGUCGGGGAUACGACAUCCUGAUGGCGUGGCUAUUGAUUGGAUCGGCAACAACGUCUUCUGGACCGACAAUAACAAGGACCAGCAAGCAUAUGUGGGAGUGGCUCGCUUGGAUGGCUCAUCUAAAAGAAGCAUCAUUUGGCAUGGACUCGAUCAACCACGGGCCAUUGCUUUGGACUCCAGUAAAGGUUGGCUCUUUUGGUCGGAUUGGGGAAAAUCUCCUGGAAUUCACCGAGCCUAUAUGGAUGGGUCGAAUCGAGAAGCCGUCAUAACCAAACAAAUAGAAUGGCCAAAUGGAAUCGCUCUUGACAUUCCAGAGCAAAAACUCUAUUGGUGUGAUGCUCGAAAAGACGUCAUUGAGGUGUCCAAUUACGACGGAACAAAUCGGAGAGUCAUUUUGGAAGAUAGUGUGGUUCAACCCUUUGGGUUAACCUUACUUGGUGACAAUCUGUAUUGGACUGACUGGCAAGAGAAUGCCGUAGAGCGAGCAAACAAACUUACUGGAGAAAAUAGAACUGUCAUGGUGGCUCAUUUGGAGGAUCUCAUGGGCGUCCGUGCCUCUAGAACCAGUGCUGAACCCUGGACAAAUGAGUGUUCCGUGAACAAUGGGGGUUGUACCCAUCUGUGUCUUUUUACUCCUGAGGGAAAACGAUGUCAGUGUCCAAACAACUUCGAGCUGGAUGAGAAUCUCUUAAAAUGCAUUGUCCCUGAAGCCUUUCUUCUCUACACACGUGGCAAAAUAAUUGGUCGUUUAGGAAUGACCCCAAACAAUCUCAACGACUUAUUUAUACCCAUUGGUCAUGUUCGUGAUGCUUGCGCUUUAGAUUUUGAUUAUUCUCAAGAAACAAUCUAUUGGACGGACAUCAACCAGAAGACAAUCUCGAGAUCCUGGCUUAACGGGUCGAAUCCAGAGGUCAUAUUUGAGUUUGAUCUUGAAUAUCCCUAUGGUAUGGCUGUCGAUUGGAUCUCGAAAAACAUUUUUUGGACUGACAUGGGUCUCAAUCGCAUUGAAGUGGCGCGGUCGAAUGGGACUUCCCGACGAAUUCUGGUGUGGAGAAACCUGAACAAGCCCGCAAGUAUUGCCUUGAAUCCUGUGGAAGGCAAGAUGUAUUGGUCUAGUUGGGGUGGAAACAAUCCCGUCAUUGAAGAGGCCAACAUGGAUGGCUCACAAAGAAAAGUGUUUCAAAAGCAAGUAGGGAAAGUUAAUGGCCUUACAGUAGAUUUUCAAACUCAGAGACUGUAUUGGACGGACUUGGACCAAAAGACAAUCUCGUAUGCCUUUGUAAAAGCUCCCCAAGAAGUGAAAGCUGUGAUAUCUGGACUUGGGACUCCUUAUGCGCUUACGUUAUUUAAUAACUACUUGUAUUGGGCGGAUUGGGAAAGUAACUCAGUUGAAACUGCCGACAAGGACACAGGAAAAGGUCGUGAAAUCAUUCAAUCUGGAAGGGAAAAUAUCACAGACAUUCUCGUCUAUCAAGCCUCAAAACAGAUGGGAAGGAACCCGUGCAGUGUCGGUAAUGGAGGCUGUGAUUAUCUCUGCUUCCCUGUGGCUGGGAUUGCAAAAUGUGAUUGUCCUUCUCAUUUUGUUCUCCAGCCCAAUGGUCGUUCUUGUGCGGCUCCAGAUGAUUUUCUAUUGUUUGGUCAGAUCAACAAGAUAUCGCGAUGGGUUGACGAGCUUAUCAAGAACGACGCUUUGAGAUCCAUGAUUCCCAUAAGUGGGGCCAGAAGCAUCUCUUCUUUGAGCUUUGAUCCCGUGAGUCGUCUCAUCUACUGGAUUGAUUUAGGCAGCAAAAAACGAGGCCGAAUCUCCAUUAAACGAGGCUUUGAAAACGGCACGUUGUUCGAUCGCCGACUUCGUGCGGACAAAGACGAUCUCUUUAAGCCUUAUGAUUUAGCCAUAGACCCCAUUGCACGGGUGUUUUAUUGGACUUGUGAAGACACCAAUUCAAUCAACAUAACUAAAAUGGACUCGAGUCGAGAAAGCUCAUUUGGUUUGGUGCCAAUUUCAACCCAUGACAUUCCCCGCAGCAUCUCUGUCCAUUACUUAAGAAACUAUCUGUUUUGGGUCAAUGUUGGCCAAAAUCACUCAAGAAUUGAAAGGAGUAGCACCAUCUCUCAGAAUCGGGUUACUCUUUUCUCCAAUCUUUCUGCACCCCGAGAUUUGACCGUAGACAUGAGUGAGGAUCUCCUUUUUUGGGCUGACUCUGAGCUCAAAGUGAUUGAGAGGUCUCGGAUCGAUGGCGGGGACCGAAAAAUAAUAGUAACCAGGCGAGUGGGGACCCUUGUGGGCAUGAGCGUUCUUCACAACUAUGUGUACUGGGCGGAUGUGGAGAACAAUGCUAUCAUGAGGGCAAACAAGCACACAGGACAGGAUCCCGAGGUGACGAUUUCCGACAUCAAACAUCUCUCGUCCUUGUUUGCUUUUCAAAAAGUUUUGGAUGUUUCGGAUCACCCAUGUCUUCACGCCAAAUGUUCGCACCUUUGUAGCUUGGAUCACUUGAGGCGCCCCAAGUGUCACUGUACUCAAAGCAGUGGGUUGGUGUUAAACGCUGAUGAUCGCACAUGCGGAAAACCCCCAAUCUGCAAGUCUGGGGAUUUCACCUGUGAAACUGGGGCUUGUAUCCCGCUUCAAUGGAGAUGCGAUGGGCCCGCAGAGUGUUCUGAUCACUCCGAUGAGAUUAAUUGUCCCGAGUGUGAUCCCGGCAAUUUCCGUUGCCGGAAUGGAGAAUGCAUUCAAAGCAACUUGAUCUGCGACAAUAAAUCGGAUUGUAAGGAUAGCAGUGACGAGGUGAAUUGUUGCCGUGAGCACGAAUUUCGGUGUUUCCAGAAUAUGAUGUGCAUCAAUCAAUCGCUAUUAUGCAAUGGUGUGAACGAUUGUCCGGAUGCCACGGACGAACUUGCGCCUCGGUGCAACACUGACAACCUAGCAUUGGGCAUAGAAUCGACCUCAACGAACACUGCCUUUUACAUUAUACCCAUAAUUGUGAGCAUCAUUGUUUGUCUUUUGGUACUCGUGUUUGUCUACCGAAAAAAGGCCUCAGAGAAGGCCAAUACUUCAUUAGAAUCGGAUGAUCGCCAGUCUCGCAAUGGACACAAUCCCACAAUUAUGGACCCAAAUAAUCAUCGCUUCAUCAGCACGGAGUCAUUGCAGAACGAGGGCCGUUUAACGCCCUUGGGUAUGCGAGCUGUAUCUUUGAUUGAUCCUUCACCUCUUGCGGCUGUCGGAAUUCCACCAUCUCAUGUUGGUGGAUCCUCAAAUGGAUUACUUUAUGAUCGGAGUCAUGUGACCGGAGCAAGCUCAUCCACAGCGUCUUCAGCAGGUUUUCCCAACGAAUGCUACGGACCUCCUCCGUCGCCCACGACCACUGUUCCACGCAAUUCGUCUGUGUCUUCUCGAAAUCCCCUGUCUAGCGUUCACCAUCAUGGUCAUCAAAGGUCCACUCACUCGCUCUCCAGACGGUCACGAGGACCCGAUUCGGCCUAUAACUUUUACAGCCAGCAGAGACGGAAGCCUCAUUAUCCACCUCGACCCACACCCUGCUCCACAGAUAACAAUGACGAGUCAGAUGCCACGGCCAUAUAUGUCAGCCACCAACAAGUGCCUCAGAGACCCCUCUACUGCUCAGCGGCCAAUUCCACGGUAGGCUAUGAUAGUGAAAGCUAUGAUCCUCAUAUGGAGUCCUACUACCCUUCCAAUGGAGAGGGUAUGUUUGAGCAGGAGGACUUGCCUUGCCCAGAUUCGCCCUCUCAGGAGCGGACGUUCUUCCUCAAGUCCUUGCCGGAGCCUCCCCCGCCAUCUCGGGUUCCUUCGCCCACUCCGCAGGACUCGCCUUCCGAUUACCCGUGAGGGGCGAGGGACGCCACAACACAACGUUCAGCAUUAUUACGUCAAUUACGAAGACUUAAUAUUAUUUGAUCUUCUGCAUUAACUCUGUCUACGUGAAAAUUCAUCCAGAUGUCUUCCAAUUGCAUAGAUGAGUGUUGUGUUCGCAUGUACGCUUCCUCUAGGUAGUACAAAUUCAGUGCCAUUGCAGCAAUGCUAAAAUGUGAUAAACCAUAUCAGAAGUAUAGGCUGAUAUUUUUCUAGUGAAAUCCUUACAUAUCCUCUGAAAGAAAAUAAAUUGCAAUAACAAGUCUCA